UCUUCAGUGCUUGGAGAGUUUUCUGUGCACGUUUCACUGUGUGCGACAACUCAGUGACCCGAGAGCAAAGGAUGCACUCAAAUUCUGCUCAGACAUGAGUGGGGCAAGUAACACGCUGGCACGGGAGUUCCUGACGGAUGUGCACCAGUUGUGUAGUGCGGUGGCCCAGCGGGCCGAGGACGAGGAGGAGAGUCACAUGGUGGCGCUGGGAGAGUAUCUGGUGCGCGGACGCGGGUUCCUGCUUCUCAACACCCUGGACUUUGUCAUUGACCAGGAGUUGACGUGUCGGGAAGAGCUGCUUACACUCUUGUUGUCUCUGCUACCUCUGGUCUGGAAGAUUCCUGUUCAGGAGGAGAAAGCCCCAGAUUUCACCCUGCCUUCACUACUAGAGGUGUUUCUAUGCCAAGAGGGAAGGACCAUCCCUCAAAAGGCGGGGCAAGAUAGAUGUGAUGUGGAGAACUCUGGGAAGCGUUUAUCUGGCUCCUGGAAGUCACGUCGUUCACGUAGAACAGCUCAGCGAUACUCUGUGAGGGAUGCACGCAAAUCUCAGCUUUCCACAUCAGAUUCUGAAGCCAACUCGGAUGAUAAAACCACAAAUACUGGUAGCAAACAUCGCCGAUUCCACAGUUCGGCCGUUCGUGAUAGUUGCCAGCUUCACCAGUCCAACAAUCCAUCACAGCCAGCAUCGCAACAUCCCACUCUUGAUGCCAUGAGCACCAUUGAGCCAUCCCAACCUCACAGACUGUUUGGAUAUCACACGUUAGAUCCUAACAUGCUAACAGACCCCACCACUCUCUCCAUCUUCAACCGCAUGGAGAACUCGCCUUUUGACCUUUGCCAUGUUCUGCUCUCUCUUCUUGAAAAAGUCUGCAAAUUCGACAUGACCAUCAAUCAUAACCCAGGCUUGGCGGUCAGCGUUGUUCCCACGCUCACAGAGAUACUCACAGAGUUUGGUGACUGCUGUGGUCCCGGUGAAGGUGGUGGAGGUGGGAUCGAUGAACUAGCUGGAGGCUGGACUGAGGAGCCAAUUGCACUUGUUCAAAGGAUGCUUUUACGCACCAUUCUGCACUUGAUGUUUGUAGAUGUCGGUCAAAAUGAGACACUGCCUGAUAAUCUGCGUCGCAUCUUGAUGGACCUCUUCAGAGCAACUUUAAAGAUUCGUACCUGUUUAGAAAGGCAAGCCGACCCUUUUGCGCCAAGGCCAAAGAAGACUCUGCAGGAGAUACAAGAGGAUUUUUCCUUUUCAAGGUACCGUCACCGGGCCUUGCUACUGCCAGAACUCUUGGAGGGUGUCCUGCAGUUACUACUAGGUUGUUUACAGGCCUCUGCUCCCAACCCUUUCUUUUUCAGUCAGUCUCUUGAGUUAGUUCAUGAAUUUGUCCAACACCGUGGCUUGGAGCUCUUCGAGGCAACAGCUCUGCGCCUUGAGGCCUUAGCAGAAGCUCGAGAUUCAGAAGUCGGCAGUGAGGCAUCAGAGCGUCUGCGUUGUCUGAUAGCAGAUGUACUUAAGAUAAUCAGUGCGGUCAAGAGGGCCAAGUCAGAGCAGCUACACCAGUCUGUUUGUGCACGUCGUCGACAUCGUCGCUGCGAAUACUCCCACUUUUUGCACCAUCACCGUGACCUCUCAGGACUGCCGGUAUCCACUUUCAAGCAGGCAGCCCAACGUAAUCCCUUUGAGGAGGACUCCGAGGGUCAUGACGGGGAAGUGCGGUACCCCGAACGCUGUUGUUGCCUUGCAGCAUGUGCCCACCAAUGCUUGCGUCUUUUCCAGCGCCUCUCACCCUCAGGUCCUGCUGUGCUGCAGGUACUGGCAGGAGUGCAAGCUGUUGGCAUCUGUUGCUGCAUGGAUCCAAGGUCCGUAAUUGGACCAAUGCUCCAGGCAUUUCAGGCUCCAGGACUUCGGAGCUACCAGUCCCACGUGUUGAGCGUCCUUAGUAGACUAGUCUUAGAACAGCUUGGAGGUGGUCAACCUUCCGAAAAGGCCAAGCUUGCCUCCUGCAACAUUUGCACUUUGGAUAAUAGCCAGUUACCUGGCCUUGAAGAGACUCUGCAGGGCUAUGGACCUAAGAAAGAAUCGAACUUAUCCACGUCCCAAUCUCCCUCUUAUCGUUCCCAAGGUAUUCUGCCCAGUGGAGGAGCUGAAGACAUGCUAUGGAAGUGGGAUGCUUUAGAGGCCUAUCAAGAAAUUGUGUUUGGGGAAGACUGGCAUUUGAGUCAACAAAUUGCCGGUCAUGUAUGCCAGUUGACUUUACGAGGCAAUGCAGUAGUGCAAUGGCAACUCUACACUCAUAUUUUUAACCCAGUACUUCAGCGGGGUGUGGAACUAACCCAUCAUGCCCAGCAACUUGGUGUGUCAACUACUUGUAGCCAAGUCUGCAGCUACCAUACCCAUUGCCUCCCGGUUGAGGUACUACUGGUUUAUCUUCAAACUCUGCCUGCUCUGCUAAAGUCAAGCCAGGUGGUACGUGACCUGUUCCUGAGUUGUAACGGACUGAACCAAAUCACAGAGUUGAUCUACUUGGAUUUCACUCGUCCAUGGGCACUGAAAGUGUUCGAGACACUUAUUUUGAAUGCGUGGCACCAUCACAUGGAUUCUGCUGUGCAUGAGCUAGAAAGAGCGGAAGCUCAGGAGAGGGAAGCUGUUCUUGGGCUUGUAGAGGAACUGAGUUCACGUGGGGCUUGUGAUGGACCUCAAAGCCUCACUAAGUUUUAUGAAGGCCUGAAAGAGGCAUGCCCUCAUCCAAAGGGCAAAAGUGCAUUUUCUGCAGUAGGGCGUAACCGAGGUGAGGCGCAUUUAAACACAAUCAACCUUUUUCUGUGUGUUGCCUUCCUAUGUGUAAGCAAGGAGGCGGACUCUGACAGAGACUCUGCUAAUGACUCUGAAGACACCUCGGGCUAUGAUAGUACAGCUAGUGAGCCAUUGGGUGGGCGACUGCCCUGCCUUUCCCCAGACAGUGUGGCUCUUCCCUCUAAAGAACAGAUAAGGAGGGCUGCCGAUGUUUGGUCAGUAUGCCGUUGGGUAUACAUGGCCAGUCCAGUAUUCCAGAAGCAGUUCUUUAGACUGGGAGGUCUAGAUGUCUGUUUGCGUCUAAUGACAAUGGUCAUCCAGAAACUCACGCCUAAAAUCAAAGACAGUAAAUUUAAGAAAAAGAGAGAGAGUAAGGGCAAAAGCAGUCCAUCUCAUGUAGACUCUCCCACUCAAGCUCUUACAGGACAUUUUGACAAUAAAGCGACUGCUGCAGGUACAGAGGAAAACCACCAGCAUGACACUCUCAGCCCCUCUCAGGUCGAGAGCAAGUCAAGUGACCCAACGCACAGGCUUGAAGAGGAAUGGCCUCUCCAGAGCAUCCGACUGCUGGAGGCGCUUUUGGCAAUCUGCCUCCACAGUGCCAAUUCAGCCCUACAGAGAUUUGAACCAGACCUUUCCUUUCAGCUUCAGUCCGUAGAGGAGACGCUGUGUGAGGUCAGGGAUCAGCUCUCUCGAUCUGGAGUUGUGAAUUCCGAACUUGCAGUUCCUCUGUUUGAUUCCUUACUACAUGUGGCAUUAGCUGAGAUGUUCUGCAGUCCAGAUGUCAUCAAGGAGAAACCUGACAAGAAGUCUCAGGUUAGCGGUGAGGUGGCACCUCCAGCAGGUGAUCUGUCAGAGGAGGUGGAUGAAGCUCAGGUGAGUGGCGCUCCACCCUUGGGAGAAGAGGAAGGCUAUGACGCAGACAGUGAAAGUAACCCUGAGGACUCCAUCCGUCAGGAGGAAGGGAUAAAGGUGGAGGCUGGAGUCUCAUUGGGGGAAUGUACGUUAGGAAUGGCAGGAGUGCCUCUGGGCUCCGGCCGCGGCCGUCUGCUGUUCCCGGAGAUCUGCUUGAUGGAGCUGCAGCUGUUAGCCAGCGGCUCUCCGGACCUGGAGGUUUUGGGCCACGUGUUGCAGAGUCUGUUAGGAGCACUGAAAGGCCACCACAACAACGCAAAGCUGCUCUACCAGCAGGGUGGUGUGAAAGCCAUUUUCACCGGAUUUCAGAAUAUUCUCAGCCAAUCAGAUGCUUCCUAUAAAGAGUGCCAGACAAUACUGACGGAGCUGCUCGUUGCCAUGGUGAGUGACAGGAUCACAGCGGAGGAACUUGCCCUGUUGACACGCCUCUUCCUGGAGAAGACUCCGCCCACUGAGAUCUUGCUGAGAGGCUUGCUUCAGAUUGUGGAGGCUAAUGCAGACACAGAGCCGCUCUCCUUCAUGUCCUUUCCCAUGAUCCCUGGCACAGGGGUCCCCUGCUUGAGCUCCUCUCCUGGGAUGAGGCCUCAUGGGACGGCUGGUGGUAAGGGUGGCAUAAACACUCUUUUGAGGGGUAAAUUACCGCUGGGCCGUGGUGAAGCAGACAUGAGCAGGCCCGGUCAUCUGCGCAGCUCUCCCUGGCAUACGGCACCCUUCCACCUGCCCUUAGUGGGACAGAACUGCUGGCCUCACAUGGCCAGUGGCUUCAGCGCCUCGCUGUGGGUACGAGCGGGGAAGGAUGAGGACGGGCGUUAUAAGAAGGAAGAGGAGGCGACUCUGGCAGAGGAGGCCCUGCAUGGUCCCGCUCAUGUCACAGAGCAGCAGACAGACAGAUGUCUCCUCCAUGUCCUCUCCAUGGGCUCUAAGGCGCUGAUGCUUCAGGUGUGGGUGAACAUCUCCACCGGAGCCUUUACCUUCAGGAUCUGCAUCGAUCCAAACGAUGAGAUGAAGGCGGGUCUGCUGGCCCAGGCGGAGUCUGGAGACGGUGUGCUGACGACAGGCAUGUGGCAGCACUUGGCUCUCACGUACACACAGCAGCCUGAGGGCAGGAAGAACGUCCACGGUCAGCUGACCCUCUGGGUGAGCGGCAUUCGGAAGUGUGACGUCUCGCUAGACUUCACUCUGCCCAGGAAGUCCAGUUUGUCAUCAGACAGUAAUAAGACCUACUGUAUGCUUGGACACUAUCAGCACUCCUCAGAGGAGCAGGCCAGCCCAAGUGCACGCUGGGAUAUGGGCACACUGCUGCUCUUUAAUGGUUCCAGAAUUGACACUGCGGAGGCUUUUUACCUGUUUGCCAGCGGUCCUGACCUCACCUCCAUCAUGCCCUGCAAGUACGGCAAGCCUCAUGGGACACUAUCCAAGUAUGUGACACAGGAGGGUCUUCAGUGUGAGCAGAUACGAGAGCUCCUCAUGAGGAAUACAGACAUUGACAUCGCACCUCUUAUUGAGAGUUUAGCAGUAGUUUAUGCCCCCAGCAUGCCGUCUCUCUACACCAUAUAUGAGCCGGUGAUCCGUCUGAAGGGCCAGGCCAAGUCAACGGUGGCUUCCCAGCGGCCCUUCAGUGCCAAAGAGGUUCAGAGCUCCAUCCUGGAGCCUCCUUUCCUCAGGACCAUGACGCCCUGCCAGGCUCUCGGCCUACACAGCGUCCUGCACAUGAUCGGAGGCACCGGCGCUUUUGUCUUCCUGUUCGCUCGGGCGGUAGAGUUGAGCGACUGUGAGAAAACUCAAUCUCUGGCGCUGCAGCUGCUGCUGUCUCUGGUUAAAACCAACCAGCAUCGCACUCAUGAGAUGCAGUGUUACCACGGCUAUUCCAUGAUUCACCAGGUUCUCAUCAAGCCCAAGUGCAUUGUGGGAUACCACGUUCUGAAGACACUGUUGGACGGCUGCUGCAGCGGGUCAAUCCUUACGAUCGGAGAAGACGGUCAGUUCCAUCUGGAUGCUGAAUCCACUGUGGUGCUGCAAGAUCUCAGACUGCUUUCUGAAAUACUGCUGGACUGGAAGAUAUGGGCCAAAGCACAGUGUGGUGUGUGGGAGACGCUGCUGACCGCUUUAGAGAUCCUCAUCCGGGUGCAUCAUCCUCAGCAGAUGUUCAACAUACGACAGCUUCUCAAGGCGCAGGUGGUUCAUCGCUUCCUGCUCGCCUGCCAGGUGCUUCAGGAGCAUCGGGACGAGUACCUGACCUCCAUCCCACAGGAGGUCUGCCUCUCGUUUGUCAAAAUCAUCCAGGAGGUUUUGGGGUCUCCUCCAGACCUGGACCUGCUGCGGCUGGUCUAUAAUUUCCUGCUGGCUGUUCACCCCCCCACCAACACAUACGUAUGCCACACGCCCACCAGCUUCUACUUCUCUCUGCACAUCGAUGGUAAGCUGUACCAGGAGAAGGUUCAGUCCAUGAUGUACCUGCGGCACUCCAGCAGUGGCGGGAAAUCAGCCUGCAGCUCUGUGCUUUCACUGUCUCCCACCGUCUUCACAGAGACGCCCGCUGAAGUACGCCAUGCUUCGUCCCCCGAGCAUGGAGAUGAAGAUCUGUCACUGCGUCCCCCAAGCAUGGGCCCGUCUCCACACUCUUCUCCAGCCCUGACGCCCCGUCUGACCCAUGGGAGCGUGACGGGGACCGCCGAGCCUGAAGAAGGGACGUCCCUGAGUACCCAGCAGGACCUGGGCAGCACGGAGACCUUGAAGCGAGGAGGAGACGAGCUCCUCAGCAGCUGUGAGUCUGCAAAGACCAUUUGUGAUUCCCAGAACGUGGGCGGUGAUGAGGAGGGCAGUGUCGCGGGAAACCAAACGCCAUUCAUCAACGUAGAGGAGGAGCACAACAGCAGCCCGCCGGACUCUGAGGACCAUUUCGAUUGGACCAGCGAGGAAGCACCACGCCGGCCAGACAGCCUGAAGGGAAUCCAGUCCUUCCAGAGGAGCCACAGUAACCUGGCCAGUCUGGGUUUGGCUUUUCCCGCACAGAGCGGCUCUUUGACUAUUGCUCGCUGGCCCACCGUGGCUGACCGUGCCGCUCCACCAGACGACUGGGAAAGUUACACCUACUCACCCGGGUAUGACAGACACAGCAAGGCGGACUCCAGUAAUGACAGGUCCAGUGCUGAAGACUGUCUGGUUCUGAUCUGCUGCGGUCUGUACGAUCUGCUGAGAGGAGUUCUGCUCCUGCUGCCGGACCUCCUGCUGGAGGAGGUGAUGGACAAACUCAUCCAGCCGGAGGCUCUUCUCGUCCUGGUCAACCACUCUUCUCCUCUCAUUCAGCAGGGCGUCAUGAAGCUUCUGGACGCCUACUUCAGCCGCGCUCAGAAAGAGCAGAAGGAGAAGUUCCUGAAGAAUCAUGGGUUUUCGCUGCUGGCCAAUCAGCUGUACCUGCACCAGGGCUCACAGGGUCUGCUGGAGUGUUUCCUGGAAAUGCUGUUCGGACGACCGGUCGGACUUGAGGAAGAUCUGGAUCUGGAGGAUAUGGAGAACAUCUCCCCGUUCAGGAAGCGCUGUAUCAUCCCUGUGCUGGGUCUGCUGGAGAACUCUCUGUAUGAGAACUCGCUCGUGCACAACGGCCUGUGUCUGCUUCUGCAGCUGCUCAACGCCUGCCCGAAGCUAGCCGACAUCCUGCUGGACCACGGCUUGCUCUACGUGCUCUUCAACACACUGUCCACCCUCAACGGCCUGGAGAACGGGAUUCCUCCGAAUGACUACAAGCUGGUGGUGUGUGACAUUCAGCAGCUGUUGGUGGCCGUCACCAUCCACUCCUGCAGCUCCUCGGGAUCUCAGUACUUCCGCAUCAUUGAAGACCUGAUCACCCUAUUGGGCUACAUGCAAACCAGCAAAGUUCAGCGCACACAGGAAAUGGCCACAGCACUGCAGUUCCGCGUGAUCCAGGCAGCCAUCGAUUUCAUUAAGACCACGGCCAAUCAGGACCCUCUGAAAUCCAGCAGCUACGUUCACGUGCCCACUUCACCGCAUCACGCUCUACAGCAGAAACGCAAAAGCAUCGCAGGUCGGAGGCGGUUCACGGUGGCCCAGUCAGACUCGCUGCUGACGCGAAUGCGCUCGGUGGCCAGCGAUGAACUUAACCAGAUGAUGCAGCGCAGGAUGAGUCAAGAAAACCCCAUCAGAGCCAGCGAGACGGAGCUGGUCCAGAGACUGCAGAGACUCGUGGUUCUGGCCGUUAAUAGACUCAUCUAUCAAGACAUCAAACAUGAUUUCUUUGACUUCCUAAACUUUCCCGAGUCUCCUGAUCAUUCGAUGUCUGUGCCGUUACUUGGCGAGCAGACGACCGAUGAGAACGGCUCCACACCGCCCACCCCGAUCCCACCAAGAAACAUGAAGAGCUUCCGGAAAGAUAUUCUCAAACUAAUGAUGGAGGGCAUAAAGAUCGGCUUGGGCAGCACCGGUCGUGGAGGUGCUCCUCGCCAGCAGUGGAAGCGAAUCCUCUGGUGCUGCCGCGACACGUUCAGGGUCCAGAUCGGCCGCAUGCUGGUGCACACGCUCAGCCCCGCCGUUCCUCUGGAAGACAGGAAGGAGGCGCUAGAGUUCGUCCACGAGCAGAGCUACUCAGAGAUCCUCAGAGAAAGCCUGAGUCCCGGCCUCGAGCACGGGCCCAAGCUGGCUCUGUAUCUGUACGAGCUGUUACACGAUCACAAAGACGCCCUGAGCAAAGAAGAGCAGGCGUCUGCCAACACCUUCAUGACGGCGCUGAAACUCUGCGGCCACCGCUGCAUCCCACCUAGCGCUCCCGCCAAACCAGACCUACUCAAAGCCAUCAAAGAGGAGCAACUGAAAUACGAGUCAGAAGCAAGAACCAGCAAAGGAGCCUGGGAAAAGAAGCUGGCUAACACUCAGAGGAGCCUGUUGCAGAGGCUGGAUGGGAAGUCGAAGGAUAUCUCGAAGAUCGCCGCUGACGUCACUCAGAACGUGUCUCUCAGGCAGGGCAUGGAGCGGAAGAAGCUCAUGCAGCACAUCAGGGGCCUUUAUAAAACCGACCUGAGCGCCAGCCGCCACUGGCAGGAGCUCGUGCAGCAGCUCACUCACGACCGGGCGGUGUGGUAUGAUCAGUCAUCUUACCCCACUUCCUGGCAGUUGGAUCCCACCGAGGGGCCCAACCGAGAGCGGAGACGCCUGCAGCGCUGCUACCUGACCAUCCCUAACAAAUAUCUGCUCAAAGACCGACACAAACUAGAUGAUGCCAUCAAGGCUCCUCUGGCCUUCCUGUUUGAGGACAAAACUCAUUCCUCUUCAUCCAUAGUGAAGGACAAAGCCACCAGUGAGCCCAUCAGGUUUACGAGAAAGUGUGUAAGUGUGGCGCCCUCUAGAGAGACGGCAGGAGAGCUGUUGCUGGGAAAAUCUGGGAUGUACUUUGUGGAGGAUAAUGUUGCAGAGACACUUGAUAACCAUAGUCCACAUGGAGAGACGGAACCGGCCUCCUUCUCCUGGACGUAUGAGGAGAUAAAGGAGGUUCACAAGCGCUGGUGGCAGCUCAGAGACAAUGCUAUGGAGAUCUUCCUCACCAACGGCAGGACGCUGCUGCUCGCGUUUGAUACCACCAAGUUCCGCGACGACGUCUACCACAACAUCCUGAGCUCAGAGCUGCCCAACCUGCUGGAGUACGGUAACAUCUCCGCCCUCACGCACCUGUGGAGCUCAGGACAGAUAACCAACUUCGAGUACCUCACCCACCUCAACAAGCACGCGGGCCGCUCCUUCAACGACCUCAUGCAGUAUCCCGUCUUCCCCUUCAUCCUGCGAGACUACACCAGUGAGACGCUGGACCUGCAGGACACCUCCAUUUACAGGUACCUCAGCAAACCCAUCGCAGUGCAGUCUAAAGAGAAGGAAGACCGUUAUGUGGACAAUUACAGGUAUCUGGAGGAGGAGUAUAAGAAAGGCAAGAGAGAGGACGACCCCAUGCCCCCCGUCCAGCCCUAUCACUACGGCUCUCACUACUCCAACAGCGGCACCGUCCUGCACUUCCUCGUCCGGCUGCCUCCCUUCACCAAGAUGUUUCUGGCCUAUCAAGACCAGAGCUUUGAUAUUCCUGACCGAACGUUCCACUCCAUGAACACCACGUGGCGUCUGUCGUCCUACGAGUCCAUGACGGAUGUCAAAGAGCUCAUCCCAGAGUUCUUCUACCUGCCAGAGUUUCUGGUCAACAGAGAAGGUUUUGACUUUGGCGUGCGGCAGAACAGCGAGCGGGUGAACCACGUGAAUCUGCCGCCAUGGGCCAGGAAUGACCCGCGACUCUUCAUCCUCAUCCACAGACAGGCUCUGGAAUCGGAUCAAGUCUCCCAGACGCUCUGCCAGUGGAUUGACCUGGUGUUUGGUCUCAAACAAAAGGGCAAAGCUGCGGUCCAGGCCAUGAAUGUCUUUCAUCCUGCAACUUACUUUGGCAUGGACGUAUCUGCCGUUGAAGACCCUGUGCAGCGUCGGGCUCUAGAAACUAUGAUCAAGACGUACGGCCAAACACCCAGACAGCUGUUCAACGCCUCGCACAUCAGCCGAGCCGGAACCAAACUCCUGUCAGAGGCAGAACUGCCCGCAGCCAUGGGCCUCCUGGUGCAGCUGGCCUUCAGAGAGAGCCGCGAGCAGCCCAAAGACACCGUCUACCCGAGUCCUCUGCCAUGGAUAAAGGGCUUGAAAUGGGGCGAGUAUGUGGGAUCCCCCAGUGCUCCGGACCCCGUGGUCUGUUUCAGUCAACCUCACGGCGAACACUUCGGCUCCCUGCUGGCGCUGCCCACGCGUGCCAUCUGCGGCCUCUCGCGCAAGUUCUGCCUCAUGAUGAUCUACAGCAAAGAGCAAGGUGUAAGGAGCAUGCACAGCACCGACAUACAGUGGUCGGCUAUUCUGAGCUGGGGUUACACCGACAACAUGCUGCGUCUGAAGAGCAAACAGAGCGAGCCGCCCAUCAACUUCAUCCAGUGCUCACCGCUGCACCAGGUGACUAGUUGUGCCUGGGUGCCGGACAGUUGUCAGCUGUUUACAGGCAGUAAGUGUGGAGUCAUAACCGCCUACAGCAACCGCUUCACCACCACGAUGCCGACAGAGAUGGAGGUGGAGACGCAGGUUCACCUGUACGGUCACACGGCGGAGGUCACGGGCCUGUUCGUCUGUAAACCCUACAGCAUCCUCAUCAGUGUCAGUCGAGACGGGACCUGCAUCCUGUGGGACCUCAACAGGUUGUGUUACGUUGAGAGUCUCACAGGUCACAAGAGUCCAGUGAACGCCGUGUCAGCCAGUGAGACGACAGGUGAUAUCGCCACAGUGUGUGAUUCAGUGGGUGGAGGAAGUGAUUUGAGGCUGUGGACGAUCAACGGAGAUUUGAUUGGUCAUGUUCACUGUCGAGAGAUCAUCUGUUCAGUGGCGUUCUCCAAUCAGCCGGAGGGAGUGUCGGUCAACGUGAUCGCUGGCGGACUGGAGAACGGUGUGGUCAGGUUGUGGAGCACAUGGGACCUGAAGCCAGUCAGAGAGAUCACCUUCCCAAAAUCCAACAGGCCUAUCAGAAGUCUCAUGUUCUCGUGUGACGGUCAUCACCUCUACACGGCGAACAGCGAGGGCACAGUGAUCGCGUGGUGCCGUCGAGACCAGCAGCGCAUGAAGCUACCCAUGUUUUACUCGUUCCUCAGCAGCUAUGCUGCAGGCUGAUCCUGCGUCACGCCGCUCGUUACCCACACCGGACGGACGCUGAGAGCGACCCCACUGACCCAGGAAGAGGAGGAGCCAGCAUGCACAAAGCCCCGCCCACGAUCAUCACAGAACCCACCCACUGAAACACCAUAGGAACGGAUGCCACUUGUACCAUAAAGAGCAGGGGCUCGUGAGGCAGCGCGAACGCAGGCCUUUCCCCGCAUCAUUUCUCCUUGUCUGUUUUGACUGAUUCAU